AUUGGAGAGCGUUCCAAUGUCCACACACAUACAUUUGGAUAUAUGCCUGUGUAUCUGUCCCCAUUUAUGCACACCACAAACAGUAGCUUUCGAAAUUUAGUUAUGAAAGGCACUGACCAUAGAGGGUAGAAAUGUCAUUUGUCCCACUGCAAAUGAAUUGUCUGAAUAUUUAAGCAGUAGGAAUAUUACCCGAAUUUUUCGCUUCACGACUAUCUAUUUCUUUCUGUAGCCGUACACUUUUUUUUCCGCUCUUUCUCCCCUUAAUGAGAUUUCCUUUCUGCUGAACAAGGAGAGAUAGCUUAUUUUAUUUUUAUUUUUUUUUGCCCAUUACUUCUCCAAAAAUUAUGUUUAACUAUGAAAGUAUACUCAUUAACGAAGAUGCUGUAUCAGGAAUGACCAUAGAAGAUGUAAAAAGGCUGAAGCCGUACUGGAAUGUGCAAAUAGCUAAUUUUAAGGAAAGCCCGAACGAACCCGUUUUUACCUUAUUGCAAAUGGCGAUCCUUCUGAACAAGAAGACCAUCGUUGGGUACUUGCUAGCUAGGCGCGGGUUGGAUAUUAACGCCCUCAGUAGGAACAACCAGACCGCUCUGAUGAUUGCUUGCGAGAAGAAGGUGCCACUGGACUGGAUUGAGGCGAUAUUAAAAAAGGGAGGAGAUCUAGGAAUAAAUAUAAAAGACGAUUUUGACGAAACUGCCCUGGACAAAUGUGGCUAUAACUCGAAAGCUUAUCAAUUGCUUCUGAAGUAUGGAGCCAUCGAAAAUGUAAAUCAAUUAAGAGAAAAACAUGAAAUGUGUGUUUACCAAAGAUAA